ACAUUUGAAUGAAAACCAUCUUAGAUCUGAGGGCAGUGCACAAUGGCCGGAGAUUCCAGAGUGCUCCCAAACAAGGACAUGGACAUCGCAGCAACUACAAGAGAGUCGAAGAAGUUACCCAAACAAGCACGGGACAACAUCUUAACAACAGACAGGACACGGCUCCUCACUGAGCCCAAGAAAAUCAAGCAAAGGUAUGUUGACAAGGACGGGAAGUGCAAUGUCCACCAUGGAAAUGUCCAGGAGACCUAUAGAUACUUCAGUGAUCUGUUUACCACGUUGGUGGACCUCAAGUGGCGAUUUAACCUCUUAAUCUUCACAUUGGUCUUCACUAUUACCUGGCUGUUUUUCGGAUUCAUCUGGUGGCUUAUAGCUUACAUCCGGGGAGACCUGGACCAUUUGGGAGAUCCAACAUGGACUCCUUGUGUGGAUAAUUUGAAUGGGUUUGUGUCUGCAUUUCUGUUUUCUAUCGAAACAGAAACAACUAUUGGCUAUGGCCACAGAGUUAUAACUGAGAAAUGCCCAGAGGGGAUUAUCCUGCUCUUGGUCCAGGCCAUCCUGGGAUCAAUUGUGAAUGCUUUGAUGGUUGGCUGUAUGUUUGUGAAGAUUUCCCAGCCAAAGAACCGAGCAGAGACCCUCAUGUUUUCAAACCGUGCAGUCAUAUCUCUCCGAGACGAUAAGAUGUGUCUCAUGUUCCGCGUUGGGGAUCUUCGUAACUCGCACAUUGUGGAGGCAUCCAUCCGGGCCAAGCUCAUCAAAUCCAGACAGACCAAAGAAGGAGAAUUCAUACCCCUCAACCAGACUGACAUCAACGUGGGCUUCGACACUGGGGACGAUCGCCUGUUUCUGGUGUCGCCACUGAUCAUUUCACACGAAAUUAAUGAGAAAAGCCCCUUUUGGGAGAUGAGCCGAAGUCAACUGGAAAAGGAAGACUUCGAGAUUGUUGUGAUCCUCGAAGGAAUGGUGGAGGCGACAGGAAUGACGUGUCAGGCCAGAAGCUCGUACUCUGACUCGGAGGUUCUUUGGGGACAUCGAUUCAACCCUGUGUUGACUUUGGAGAAGGAUUUUUAUGAAGUGGAUUACAACAGUUUCCACGAAACCUAUGAAACAAACACCCCAGACUGCAGUGCCAAGCAAAUGGCAGCGAUGCGGAAGGCAGGCCAGCUCCUAUCAGAGCUCUCGUUCCCACACCAUCCCAGUCAGGAUGAUCAGGUGCAGGAGGAGGAAAACCCUGAUGGAGAAGACCUAAUCAGUACAAACAACCCCGUUGCCAAGAAAGAGGAAUUGCUGCCUUUCUCUACAACCGAAGACUCUGAAUAUUGUCCAGGGUUUUCAGCUAAGUUUAUACAGGGACUGGAAGAAGCACAGAAACUCUAGUGAGCUGGGGAUUCCCCUGGAUGCCACUGUCCCAUGACUUGUUGACCAAACUAGUGAUUAAUAACAUAAGCAGAACAGGGUGCGAGGUGGAUGUGUGCACAUAUAUUUACAUAUGGAAGCUUAACAUUCUACCAAAUAUGUACAGAUUGAAUUAAUCAGAAUUAGGACCUGGACUAGCAUCAUUUGUACAUAAAGAAUAAAUGUCACCAUUUCACUCUGUACCUGCUGAUUUAUUACUGGAUACCCACUCUAUGUUUUACCUUUAGGGUUGGGGCUGUUCCAAGAUGGCGAGUAUCAAAUGGAAAUUGAAGAGCUGUCCAAAGCUGGGACUGGACACAGAUACAGUGCAAGUUCCUCUAGAGGGUCUGGUUUACUCUGUGCCAUUAGCAACAUCCCUACCAUUGAUACCAGAAUCUGCUCUUUACACUGAUUCUACUUAGAUUCUGAUGGUGGCACAACUUGCAUUGACAGGAUAUAAAGCAGGGAAGUGUCUCCUCCUCUUUCUCCUGGGGAGGUUGGGUGAGUGAGCUGUGAUCAAAUCUAUGGGUCACCACCUCUGCCUUCCCCUCCCACCUCAGCCACCUUACCGCUCCAGUUCUCGAGGCUGUUAAUUUUCUGAAUGAUUCAGAUUGUUGUUGACAUCGACUUGUGAUAGUAGACCCACAUGCACCUCUUAUUGAGUUCACCUCAUGGACAGUGCAUGAAGCACAUGUCAGGUUAAAGCACCUGAUGGCUAACUCACUGCAGCAUUUGAUUUAUCCACCAGGUUAGUCUUGGAGCCCCAAGUCCUUUUCAUUUGUUGCCCAGCCUGUUCAUUUGUUUUAGCAGCUCAGGACUCAGCCUUUGACCCUUCUGUACAGGAUACAGUGGCUGGGUUUGAGUGAUGCCAAUAUCCCUUGAAGUCUGAGCUUGAACCAGCUUUACCACAGCCUCAGUGGUUUACAUUUGAGUGGCUAUUGACACAUCCCAACCCUGCGUGUUCAGACACUGAAAGCUGCCAUCUUCUUGUGAUUACUUCCUGCUGGAAAAUGCUUGGUGAAAAGCAGAUGGCAUUUGUAAAUGUGUCCUGAGAUCUAACUUCCUCCCCUAUCCUUUAGCCUUGUCCUUAUAGACACAAUUAUUCACCUGUCAAAGAUGGCAACAGAACAAGUCUCUCUGUCCCAGUCUCUCUGUUCCCUUUCUCUAUCUCUUUGGCCAGUGUUUCUCAACGUCCCUACAUGAUGGUGAGGGGAAAUUACAGGAGGGUUAUUACACUGGAGGCCAUUCAGCCCAUUGUGUAUGUGCCUGCUUUCUCACCUAGUGUCACUUGACCACCUUCUGCCCAGAUAAUAAGCCAAUUUUCUCUUGAAUGCCUCACAUGAGUCUGCCUCUGCUCCACUUUCGGGCAGGACACUCAAGAUCCUAACCACUCACUGCAUAUUAACCUAGUUUCCUCAUGUCACCAUUACAUCUUUUGCCAAUCGUCUUGUUCUCAGUCAUUCGAUUAGUGGGACUAAUAUGUUCCUAUCUGCUGUGUCCAGACUCCUCUAUUUUAAACACCUCUUUCAAAUUUCCUCUCAACCUUCAUUUAUCCCCAAGGUGAACAGCCCCAAGUUCUCCAGGUUUAAGUCCCCCUUCCCUGAACUAUCUGAUGAAUCUUUUCUGCAGGCUUUCUGAUGCUUUCACGUCUUUCCUAAAGUGUCCAGCAUUGCACACAAUCCUCCAUUUGAGGCCAAUUUUUAUAUAGAUACCAGUUUCCAUUCUGAAGUUUCUCCCACUAACCCGUUCCAAGCUGUCCUAUUGGAAUACAAUAUAGGGAAACUCACUUUAUUUAUUGUUUCAUUCAGAAGGGAGGGAGGCUGGUGUGAUCUUACACACAAUAUAAAAGAUUCUGGUUUACUUUUCAGGACAUCAGAGCAUCCCAUGGUCAAUGAAAUCAUUUUUAAAAUCGGUAAAAAGACAGCUUGGUUCCUCAUUUCAGAACAGCAGGAGAUAAACCAAGGGGACCAAAAAAUAACAAAUACUGGGGAUGCUGAAGAUCUGAAAUAAAAGCAGAAAGUGCUAGAGAAACUCAGCAGGUCAGGAGCUGAGUCACAUUGGACUCAACA